CUAACCUCUUUCAAAACUCACGCACCUUACUCAAUCGUGAUAAAGUGAACGCUUAUCACAUGCUAGUUUCGUAUUGAGCACUAGCUAGAAGUCUGAAGAUCCAGCGUUCGCUGUCUGUCCCUUCACUCUCUUGGCUGGAACCACGCGAGAAAUGCCUUCCCAUUGUGAUGGUAGAAGAUCAGCCAUUUUUAGGCAUUGGCCGCGCGAGCAACGACAUGUGGUGCAACGCCGACGAGUCGUAUAACUGUACGCACCAGCGUUGAAAGGGGGGAGGAGUUAUGGCGGAUUUGUUGAGAACCUUCCCUCAGGGGGGGAGACCAGAUUCGUCAGCAGAUGCCGCAUUAUUACCAACGCAACCUACCAUCAAUUCUACGGCAGAAUUUUCUGCGAAAGAAGCAGGAUCGUCUGCUGGCUCGAUCUCUACAAUCCCCUCCGCGCCAGAAUCAUGCAAAGUGGCAUCCACAGCAGCAUCAGAAUCGUUAGAAGUAUCGGCAUUAUCUAGGGCCGAGUUGGACCAUUCUCCCGCGCACGAAAUCCCACAGCCUCACAUCGCGCCGCAGGGAACCAGCACCGCCGUCGCUCCAGCCCCGGCGAUCCGACGGCCAGGAUACUUCGCUACAAGAUCAGAACUCGGUAUAAGCUCAGACCUCGGUAUAAUCUCGGAGUUAGGCCCAGACGGCUACAGUACUCUUUCAGCUGCGAAAUCCCCUCCAGGAUGGGCUGCAGGGAGCGGUGGAAACCCUAUCACCAGCAUGCAGGCAGCGCCUGGCAAAAACCCAUUCGGUACAGUCACAUCCGCAGGCGCUGCUGCAGCAGUGGCUGCGUUACAAGCACGCAGGCACUGGCUGGCCAGGCUGCAGGAAGGGUUACCCCAGGCGGCAAUAGUGGUGCUCCGAGUGCUGGUGCUGGUGGCUGCUGCGUGGAGUGCCUGUGCUGUAGUGUUCUUCUCCUUCGUUAUAAUGCCAUGGGUCAUGCUGCAUAUCACCAGUGGCUCCCACCCACAUUUCCGCGCCCUCCUUUUUAAUCACACCUCGGUAGAUUCAGCAUCUGCUACGAGAGGCCUAGGCGGAAUCGGAGGAGAGAAGGGAGGAGAUGGAGAGGGAGGGAUAUCCGUUAUAUGCGGCAGAAGACUGUCCCUUCAUUAGUAGAACAUUCAAUUGCCUGGAGAAUGGCCGGACGGACUUUGACUACCUCCACUUCGCAUGGCGGGAGAGCGAGUGCACCCAGCCAUUCAUCCGUUUCCGAGCAGAUCGGUUCUUUGAGGCCUUCCAGAACCGUCGGAUCGUGUUCGUGGGAGACUCUAUACUUCUGUCGAUGUUCCAGUCGCUCCUCUGCCUUCUCUCCGUGGGCCCCUCGCUCCCACCCAAUCACAGCCUGCCAACAGAGCGCCUCAACCGCACCUUCCCCUCCCUCCUGCAUCCUCCUUCGUCGCCUUCUUCCCAUCUCUCCUCCUCUUCCUCCUCCUUACCUUUAUCGUCUCCCCACUCCUCCGCUUCCCCCUCCUCCUCUACCACUUCUUCCACUCCUCCCUCUUCCUCCUCCUCCUCCUCGCCCUCUUCCUCCCUCGCAGACUCUAAGUUCCCCUCCCCCGCACCUUUGAUCUUCCAGUACACGUUCCCCCAUGCCAACACGAGCCUUGAUUUCUUCCAUUCUGACUUCCUGACCGUCCUUGAAGCCGCCCCUUCACACACGCCUGAUCCAGAUAUACCUGAUUCAUUAAUAUCAGAGUUUCAGUCCAAGAGCGCCAAUGACAGCAGUACGGACACCAGGAGCAUUGUCACUAAGUCUGGUAGCAACGCCAGCAUAGGCAGCGGCAGCAUAGGCAACGGCAGUAGUCUUUCCACGAGUAUUUCUGGAACCAGCCAGGAGCCAGGUUCCGAUGGGUCGGAUGCGGUAAAACCAGGUUCGGGCAGGUCCAGCUCUCUGCAGUCAGGCUCAGAGGGGUUGGGAAUGGUGAGAGUGGUGCGGUUGGAUGCAUGGGCGGCGUAUGUAGUGGCAGCACAGCCGCAUGUGCUGGUGAUACACACGGGAGGGGGGUGGGUGGGGCUGCAGCGGCGGUGGCUGGAGCCCAGGGUCCAUCCACAGACUUCUCAAAACAAGGUGAAUGUUGAAGGUGAAGCUGCUGAAAGCAUGGCACCCGUGGAAGCGCCUUCAGGUGGAGCAGGAGUUAAGGGAGUGAUGGAUGAGGGGACAUGGGGCGGUGGGAAAAGCAAAGGGAAUGAUGGGACGAAAGUGGGAGGUGAUAAAACUGGUGCGCGGAAAAGAGGAGCGACAGGAAGCCAGGCGGGCAGUGGGAUGAAGAAAGAAGGGGGAAAGGGUGAGACAAGGGGUGAUAAGGUGACGGAGCGAAGGGGAACUGUAGCGGCGGUUGGAAAGGCGGGUGAAGGAAUGGGGAAGAAUGGAGGAGGGCAGGUGGUUAACGCGUCCAAGGAGAACACGUGGAAAGGGCAGAAGAUGGUGAAAGGGGCGAAGGCGAAAGGGGCGAAGGCCGGGGGACAAGAGAAGAAGGACGAGAAGAAUCGGAGGGAGAAGUCAUCCGGUGGAGGGAGAAGAGGGGAGAAGGGAAGAGGAGGAAAGAAGCAAGGGGGAGAGGGAAAAAUGAAGCCAGGUGAAGGGAAAAGGGGAGGGGUUGAAGGAGGGGUUCAGGGAGGGGUUGAAGGCAGAGUGAAGGAGGGAUCUGGUGAUAGUAAUGGUGGAGACUCUAACACGCACAAGAGCAGUGAGUCUCAGCCCGAUUCGCUAGAAGGGGGUGAGACCUUGCGAUUGGGUGAUUUUGGCGACGAUGACAUUCUACAGAGUGACAGUAUCGGGAGUGGCAGUGUAGAGAGCGAUGGGGUGACAGCUGACGGUACGGCAAGCAGCGGCAUGGGCAGCAACAUUACUGAAUCUCAGAGCAAUAUUAGAGCGUCUCACUCGCUGACCGAUGGUGACUUGCAGACCCAAUUCAGCAGCAGCAGCAGCAGCAGCAGCAGCAGCAGCAGCAGCAGCAGCAGCAGCAGCAGCAGCAGCAGCAGCAGCAGCAGCAGGAGCAGCAGCAGGAGCAACGAAGACAGAAGCCCUCACGUGUCAGGCAACGGUGACAGCACCAGCAACAAUGGGAUUACUAAUGGCAGGUUUAGUAACAGCAGUGUCCGUGGCGGCAGUAUCUGGAACACAGAUAGUUUUAGCAUCAAUCCUAUUAGCAUUGCCCGUAGGGGCAGCAGGGGCAGCGGCAAGGGGGGGAAGAGGAGAGGGAGAAGUGGGAGGAGGGGCAAGUGGAUGUGGCGACGGCUGCUGAGCCGUGGCGAAGGGCCAGUGGUUGUGGCUGAAGACACGGAGAGCAUGCUGAAAGAAGAGGUUGACGGUGCCUCGUUCCAUUCACAGGCGCCUCAGACUCUGAGGCGUUUGGAAUCGCCUCCAGAUCCAGGUGGUGUGAAGGCUCGUGAGAGCAUGGAUGGUGAGGGUGAGGGUAACGGUGGCCUUCUUGUGGGUGAGUUGGUGGGUGAGUCGGUCGGUGAGUUGGUGGGUGAGUCUAUGUUACGGGGUGGUGAGUUGAGAAGCGAGGAGGGGCAGGAGGAGGAGGAGCAGGGCAGUGGCCUUGUGGCGAAUGAUGAUGGCGUCUUUGGUGAGGCUAUUGGUGCAGCCAAUGCGUCGCUCACCCAGGAUGGGAUUUCUGAGGAGGAUGGCACUGCAGGUGUGAAAGAGGUUGGUUUGGGGGAGGAGGAGCAGAAGGAGCAGGACUGGGGUAGUGACCUUGUGGCGAAUGAUAGUGACGGUGCCUUUGGCGAGGCUAUCCGUGCAGCCAAUGCGUCACUUACUCAAGAUGGCAGUUUUGAGGAGGAAGGCACUGCGGCUGCGAAAAAGGAUGGACUGUGGGAGCAGGAGGAGCAGCGGGGCAGUGUCCUUGUGUUGAAUGAUGGUGACAGUGUGUUUGGCGAGGCUACACGGGGAGCGAAUGCAUCGCUUGACCAAGAUAGCAUGUUUGAAGAAUAUAGCCUUGCAGCUGUGAAAGCGGAUGAACUGCCAGAGGAGGAAACCCUACUUCAAGCUGAUGCUGGUAGAGAGAACAAGGAGGAUGCUAAUAAAGAGGAUGCUAACAAGGAGGAUGAUUUACUGGACCAGGCUAGUGUGCUUUCACCUGAUCUGCUUGACACGAAUGAGUUUCUUGACCCCGUGUCAGCAUUCACCAAGACCCUUCAAAUGCUCCACCACUUCCUCUCCACCCAACCCACCGCCGAAUCCAUCCCGACUUUUUUCCUUGGGCUUCCCCGAGAACAUUAUUUUCGGGCAGCCCAGGACAACAGCAGCUCGCUAUGUCCGCCCGACGACUCCACAUGUCUAGAAUCAGGGCGGUGCAGUGAGUUUUCGAGACCUAGGGAGUGGUUGGAGGAGGGGGGCGAGGAGCAGGCGCAUCAGCAGCGGUGGCAGCGGUGGCGGUGGCGACAAGAGAGGGAGAGGAGGGAGAGGAAGAAAGAGUGGGUGCAGUCAAGUGUGGGGCAGAUAGAGGGGGUGGUUGAGAGGGAGAUAGGGAGGGGGAACAGGGUUGUGCUGCUACGAGCAGGAGGGGUCACUGAUGCUCGUGCUGAUGCCCAUAUUGGCGCUUCCCUCCCUACUGAACUGCUUACAGAGAAUAGGGCAGGAGGGGACACUGGGAGUGGUUACUCUGAUACCAAGAGGGAGGUGAGGGAAGACUGCAGUCACUUCUGUGUGCCUGGGGUGCCGGAUACGUGGAAUGAGAUGCUCCUCGCUGCCCUAAGGCUACAAGGGAUGAUGGCAUGACAAAGAAAUUGUACCUGCUAGAGGAAAUGCCUAACAAUGUUGCCUUAACCCGGUUUUGUCCAAAUGCCGAAGCAAUAACAGGCUUGACAAAUUCGA